AGACGGACGGACMWCGCAGUUCAUUAGGUCGCGGCUAAUAAAAACAAACCCGAUAACAUUAGUACACGAUAUUAUAUCAUUAUUAAUAUUAUUAUURUCGUUUAUAUAUAAGUAUAAAAUAUAUUUUUAUGCACGUUCGCGAUCGUCCGGUUUAACAAAAUUAUAUCGGUCAUUGUUUACUUUAAAUCUUCGGGCCCCUCUGCAGUUGUAUAAUGAUAUAACAUUUUUUAUCGUUAUUAUUAUCGUUAUACCCACAAUUAAUCAAAGUUUGUUAUAUAUUAUACAAUAUUAUUGUAUAUUAUUGUAUAAUAUUGUUCAGAUCGUCGAACGGGCCGCGGUGUGGCGAGUAUAUUAUAGUACCUACCUAUCGUUAUUGUAAAGAUACAAUAACAUGAAAACCACCAAAAUCUUGGUAGCCCUGUUCCUAUAUGGAUGUUUCACGGUCCGGGAAUGCCUUCAACACGACAAUCCUGAACCCGUCAAAACGACUCUGCUGCAAACGUGGGCCGAAAAAUUAUAUUUUGAAUUGUGGAACUGCGGAGAAUACAUAACUAAUCGAAAAUCACUGCAAAGCAAAUAUAACAAAGAAGCGAAAUUAGAAGGAAGGAAUGGACAGAUUUUGGUGGCGAACAUAUCGAGUGUUAUUAAAACAAUGAUGGAUAAAAAACAACAAUCUUUAAAAAGAAUAUUAGAAAGCGUUGAACAAGUUGCAGUUUCAGCCCACGACGAUGAACCACCGGGUGAUGAAUAUAAAAUUCGAAAUGCAAAACCAAAUAAAGCUACUCCAAAUACAAACAUAUUAUUAAAUGAUCUAAAAGAAAAUUCUCAUUUUUACAAUACGCCUGUAAACGUUACAUAUAGUUCAGUACAUAUACCAACUUAUGUUUAUGACCGGGCGACUGAUGUAAUUAAGGCUAUCAAAUGGUCAGAAAAUCUGGAUGAAACAUUUAAAAAAAACUACGAAAUAGACCCUAGAUUGUCAUGGCAAUAUUUUGGAAGUACAACUGGUUUUAUGAGACAGUUUCCAGCAAUGGAAUGGCCAGACAAACCAAAUAAUACAGAAGAUUUGUACGAUUGCCGAAUGCGUCCUUGGUACGUAGAAGCAGCUGCUAGUCCUAAAGAUAUUCUUAUAUUAGUCGAUAAUUCUGGGUCAAUGAUGGGACAAAGUAAAAUCAUUGCCAGGCACGUGAUAAAUACAUUAUUGGAUACAUUAUCAGUGAACGACUACGUGAAUGUACUUGUAUUUAGUAAUGUAACGAAUGAAGUCGUGCCGUGCUUCAAAAAUUUACUCGUCCAAGCCACACUGGCAAAUAUCAGAGAACUAAAAUUAGGUGUAGAAAAUAUUGCCGAUCCAAAUAAUAUCUCAGAUUUUAGUGAAGCUUUAACCAAGGCGUUCGAGACACUUGAAACGUACCGUGAACGAAAUAUGGGUGCUAUGUGUAACCAAGCCAUAAUGUUGGUUACUGAUGGCGUACCAGAAAACUUCUAUGAGCUAUUUAAAUCACAUAACUGGAGGAAUGGUACAAUGGGUAUGCCAGUAAGAGUAUUUACGUAUCUGAUUGGUCGAGAAGUUCCAGAAAUAAGAGACAUGAAAUGGAUGGCUUGUGCUAAUCAUGGGUAUUUUGUUCAUUUAAGUACGGUUGAAGAAGUUCGAGAACAAGUGGUACACUAUUUACCGGUAAUGGCUAGGCCCUUGGUGUUGCACCAAUCGCAUCAUCCUGUUAUUUGGACGCCAUUAUACGCUGAUGUUACUGAUCCAAAAAUGACUGAUUAUCUAUGGGAAAAAGAAGAAUGUCGACAACAGUAUGAUGAUACGAUUAGUUAUAAAUUAACAAAAGACCAAUUUUUCUAUCCAAAGAAUAGASCAAAACGAGAACGAGAUCGAAGAAAAAAAGAGUUGGAUCAAAAUUUAAACGUGAAUAGACAAAAAAAACACAAUUUAAUAACUUCUCUUGCGAUGCCGGCAUUCGACAAAAAAACUGAAAUGAAUAUCACAGUAAGAAGGCUAAUAAAUGAUAACUACUGGGUUUGGGAAACACGAGAGACAAAAGUGGCCCAUUUACUUGGUGUUGUUGGAACUGAUGUUCCUGAAGCAGACUUACGAGAAGCCAUGUCACCUCACAUAUUGGGUGUCAAUAACUAUGCAUUUAUCGUUACUAACAACGGUUUCAUUGUCACACAUCCAGAUCUCAGACCAGUAUUUGGAGAUAUUUUGAAGCCAAACUACAACAGCAUCGAUGUGACUGAAGUGGAACUUGUUGAAUCUGACAACACUCCAAGGGUGUUUAAUCCAAGUAUACUUACGCUUCGUGAUUAUAUCAUCAAUCAAACAACUGGUGAUCAAGAAAUUACUGUAAAGUAUCAUUACGACAAUAUGAGACGUGCGACAACAGCAGAGAGACAUUAUUAUUAUUCAAUUGUAGAAGGGACUCCGUUCACAGUUGUGGUUGCUUUACAAGAAAAGCAUUUCGGUUACAGAGUCAAAAUACCAGAUAGAUUUCAAAACCUUAAUACAACAAGAUCAUAUCUUUCGGAAUAUUUCAAUGGUGAUGAGUGGAGAAUUCAUCCAGAUUGGCUUUAUUGUCGAUAUGCAUAUGAUGAUGGAGGUGAUACAUCAUUUAAAACCCCUGAAGAAGAACUUCUUCAUUUUUUAAAGCGAAUCUCUAAAACUGAUAAUAGUUGGAAUAAAUGGCCACCUCCAAGAUUUUACAGUGAAUCAUACGACUCAAAAGGGACAAUAAUGCCCGAAGAAAAAUUCGAUUGCAAAUGUUAUUGUGAGUUUAGUGUUUAUAUUUUUGCAUGUCCGGCAGCGGUCUUGAUGAGUUUAUUACCAAGAACCGAAUUUGAAAAAAGAUUUGGGGUGACAUUGGCUUUUKUUGCUACCCAUAGUGGUCUCACCCGAUGGAUGGAUUAUGAAGACAAAUCCAAGACGUCAAACAAUUAUAAUAAUCAUGAUAAGAAAAUACCACAUUUCAUUGAUGAAAACGUUUACUCUAUUGAAGAAGUAUGGUAUAGAAGGGCGGUUGAAUACAACAUGGUAAACGAUGAAAGCUAUGUAUAUUCUGUACCAUUUGAUAAUGAAAACAUUAAAUCAACAUUGGUAACAGCCAGUCAAGCAGUUUUCGUCACCAGUAAAGAAAAUAAAAAGAAAGGUGCUGCUGCAGUUGUCGGUUAUCAAUUCAGACACUCAGCUCUUCAAGAAUUAUUUUCAAACAUUACAAAACAGUGUUACUCAGAAACUGGCUGUACACCGGAAAAGGACACUUGUCUAUCCUUAGAACGAGAUUGUUACAUACUUGACAACAACGGUUAUAUUAUUGCAUCAGAAAAUGCAAUGGAUACUGGAAAGUUCUUCGGUAACAUUAAAGGACCAAUUAUGAAUAUGAUGGUAGCAGACAAAAUUUACAAAAAAAUAAAAAUAUUUGACUACCAAGGAGUAUGUUUUAAGGGAGAAAAUGAAGAUGAUUCAAAUAGUUCGUCAUUUUUGUAUACUCCCAUACAUCAUUUAAAACAAUUAAUUGGAUGGCUAAUAGGGCGUGUUUUAUGGUUAGCUGCUCAUUCCAAUUUUCAGUGGAUGAUGUCUCAGGCUCAAGCCAUAUUCGAAGACGUUCCGGACUACCAAGAAGAUGAAGAAAGUGUUUACUCUGCAGAUACUUUAGCCAGYUUUAAGAUUGAAGGUGAAAAAGCAUUAAAAUACGUUAAAAUUAAGCGAACUCGACCAAAAUCUUGCGAUCGUUUUGUCAAUUUGUUCACGCUAACUUCGAAGAUGCCAGAAAAAUUGGAACAUAAAUCUAUAUGUGAAAGGCCUUAUGACUUUCGAAAAAUAAUGAACACCAACCUUAUCUUACUGGUCGUCAAUGGACAUUGUCCAGAAUCAACGAAAUCCGAAAAUUUUGAUACCGUGCCAGAUGAAGUUGAAUAUGACCAGUUCAAUAAUUCGUUGAAUUGUCACAAAGCGUUUUAUAGUUUACCACGACGUAGACCUAAAACCGCUUGUAUUAGGACACAUCCAGACGAACACGAAAUUUACGACAAAAUGUGUGGCAAGGGUACAAUAACUACAGUUACGCCAAUAACUUUAUCAAUAGUUGUUUUUUCUAUGUUUAAUUUUAUAAGGUUUAUACAAUUUUUUUAAUUCUAAAUCAAAAAUUUAAAUUCUUCUUGUAUUGAUAAAUAUUGUUCAUGAAAUUAUCUUCGAUGUUGAACAGUUUGUCUAUUGCGUCUAAUACAAUUUAAUAUACGUUAAA